UCUGUGAGGAAUAAAAAUGAAGAGUCAGAACUUAAAGUCGAUCAAUAACAAAAGAGUUGAGCUUCCGAAGCUCCGUAAACUUCAGAACCAGAGCAAUAGCUUGAAACGGAAAGAGGGUAAAGAGCAGCUUCUUGACGAGGACUAUGGCAUUUCAUGUGCACUUAAUAAUCCGAAAAUGAGGAGGAUAAUGGAGAGUUUUGGGACUCAUAAUAGAUCCCAAGCAUUUAAGAAGUCUAGCUCAAAUUCUAGGGUCUAUCACCCUUCUAAGUGGAGCAAGAAUGGAUGGAAAUAUAUUGAUAAGGCGAAAAUUAAGAACUCUUAUAACAAAAAGAUUGAUAUGAUUGGGAAUUAUAGUCUUCAAAGGUCAAAAGAUGACUUGAGUAACGACUCUAAAUCAACUUAUCAAGAACUGCAUUGAUCAGUGAGGAAGAACCUUAGUCUAACUGCACUGAAAUAAGUUGAAUCCUAACUUUAGUAUGAAGGGGUAUCAUCAUAAACGAAAUCUGAAGUACCCUCCUCUGAUAUGCAGCAGCCCUCAGGAUCAUUACUUCAUAGAUUCUGAAAAUUCAGGUAAAUAGGUUAGCUCAGAAGCAUGCAAUGGACUGGAGAUCGAUGUCUUUGGACAAAUCUGAUAGGUCCAGGAGCACAGACAAGGACCUGACUUCCCUCAGCAUCCAGUAUGAAGAAAACUCACGCAAAUAAUUCGAAGCCAAGAGCAAUCGAAAGGACUCUGGUAGGCACUCUUGGGCUCUCUAAAGAUCUCAGAAAGGUAGAAAGCAUGAACAGAAAAGGUAGAUACAAGCUUUGGGGAGGCAUGCGAGUCCCUCAGCAGGAAGGAUACUUCAGAAGGGAUAAGAGGAACGUUGAUGUUGAGAUCAGCUCAUUCUUGAAGAAACAUUAUGGCAAAGGGAUGUUUUAA